GUGGGUGGCGCGGGUGGGGUACAUCCGGUUUAAUGGCGUCAAGAGCCAAGCACUGUUGUCACAUUUUGUCCUACAGUGUUUCAAUAUUUCGCUUUGUUUAUGUCACGCAAAUUUAACGGGGCGACAACAAGGAGUCCAGCCGGGCACGCGAAUUAUCUCAAACGAAGGUACAAAGAACUGGCUUCUAUAGAUUGGUAGAAGAUUUUAUAUAAGACAAUUAUUAGUUGUACCAGCAGUAUUCCCAAUUAUGGAAGUCACAACAGAGGAAGCACAAGCUGUGCUCUUGGAGGGAAUGGAAGGUGCACAGUAUAUCACUAUUCAAAGGGCUGAUGGAGAAUCUUUAAGCAAAGGAGUGCCGCUGUUAUCUCUAAAUGGUGAAUUAAUCUCGGAAGGUAUGGUUGUGGAUAUGAUCAAUGCUGGUGUUGGCACGGAUUACGGCACGGCUACACAAUAUUACGAGGCAGACGAUUUAUUGUCGCACGAAUUAACAGAGAAUGUGAAUUAUGUGAUGCAGGAGGACCGUAGGCUUGCUGCAGCUCUGGUUGCGGUACAGUUUCAUCAGCACCAGAAGCAGCAACAACUCCAUAUCCAGUCUCAACACGAGGAUCCGACUCUACCGGACGUUUCUCAACUGGAAACUCUAGCGCCCGUGAAUUCAUACUCGAUUCAAACGGUGUCAGAACCGAAUGCCACUCCUCCUGUAUAUCCACCCUUGCAACCAUUUAAAAGAAUCACGCAAAACGUAAAACAGGAGUUUAUCAAUGUUAAGAGUGAAUAUGAUGUUGAGGUUUCUACAGAGAGCAGUGAAGAUGCCACGUCGGCGUCUGGACCUAAGAGAACUUUACCGCACAAGAAGAGGAUACCUCGUAAGCUGAAACAGCAACAGACCAAAAAGAAUGCGACACGGAAAGAUAAUAAGUCGGGUCAAGAAAAUACAACAGUUGAAUUGACUAGUGAAGUCCAGACUAAUGUUUUUAAAUGUGAAUUGUGUAGUUCUAAAUUUAACAGUCAGCUGAAGUUCUUUGAACAUUUAAAGGUGCAUUAUGAACCGGUAAAACAAGAGACACGAAUAGCUCAAGCGACGAAUACUAAUAUCACAAUAUCAGUGCCAGAAACAGUACAUAGUCUAGAAAAUACUGUAAUUGAAGAAUUCAGUGAACCUGAAGACCUUAUGGAAGGUAUUCGAGGUGUAGUGGAAGAAACUGGUGCACAUAUUGAUGAUGAUACAGACUCUCCACUACCCAUUGCAAACAACGAAUCGUCAUUAUGGACCAUUACCGAUGCCACAGAGGUACAACAGAGGGACCAACAACAAAUAAAACCAUCGGCCGUUAGCGAGAAUAAAAAUUCCGAUGAGAAGGGGAAGACUGACAUUCCACAGACUGCUAAGAAAAAGAAAUCACCAAAAACGCGAAAAUCAAGUGAUGAUUUGACGUGUCGUGAGUGCAAUCGUUCAUUCCAUCAUAAAAAUAGUUUAGUCUAUCAUAUGCGAUCUCACAGCGGAGAUCGACCGCAUCAGUGCGAGAUUUGUAGCAAACGUUUUUUUGCUGCUAGCGCAUUAAAGGUACAUAUGAGACUUCAUAGCGGUGACAAACCAUACAAAUGCGAGGUGUGCGGACGACACUUCCGACAGUGGGGCGACCUGAAAUAUCACUCGACGAGUAUUCAUUCAGAGCAGAAACAAUAUCAGUGCGAAUAUUGCGCCAAAGAAUUUGCACGAAAGUACUCGUUAAUUGUGCAUAGGCGUAUUCACACUGGAGAGAAAAAUUAUCGCUGCGAGUAUUGCAGCAAAACGUUCCGAGCGAGUAGUUACUUACAAAAUCAUCGUCGUAUACAUACCGGUGAGAAGCCACAUCCAUGCACAGUGUGCGGGAAACCGUUUAGAGUUCGAAGCGACAUGAAAAGACACAUGCAUACGCAUUCUCGAGCGAAGACGAAUGAUAAACAGCAGUCGCUGAACAGGAUUCUAACGGGGAAGAAUGUGGAAAGUGUGGAGGGCGAUAAAGUACAGGCGAAAACGAUUCAGGAUCUCGUGAGAGAUCUAAAAUUGGAAGUUGAGGCGACAGGCAAUGUAGUGGACAUCGUUCCUCCGGACGAUAAUCCGGAGAGCAUUUUACCGCAUACUGGACAAAACUUGGAAUACACUAUAACAUCGACGGCAGAUACUAUAACCGCAGACAGAGAUCCCCUGGAAGCUGUUGCGCGAACGACUGAUAACAUGCAAUAUUUUUUUGGACCGAUAUAAUGUUGGACUGUUUCACGAGAAGAGAAUAUAUGUUGUACAAUAAAUUGUAUUAUUUGCGGAAUACUGGCGCUCAACCGGUUUGUAAAAAAUUACAUUUUAAUCGCGGAUUUUUUAGCAGAUUGUCCGAAAAUAUAUUUAAAAUGCUGUAAUUUUUCAUUUUAUUCUUUUAUGCAUAAAAUUCUGUUAUGCAUAACUUUAUCAAUCUUUUAAAGUUUAACUUUAAAGAUUUUUAUUUCCAGAUAAUCUAAAUCUGUAAAUCUAAUGACUGAAAUGAAUGAAUUGUAUGAACGCACUGCCUAUAAAUAAUGCGUAACAUAUCUUCCAAUAUUUCUUGAAAAGAGUAAAUAAUUUAUGUAAAAGUAUAUAGGCCGUUACCAUUUCACAUAAAUGAAAAUCGAAAAAACAGCAAGAUUCAUAAAAAAUAUUAUACACACAUACACACACAUAUACAUAGACAUAUGUUAUAAUCACACUAAUCACACGAUUGAGUACAUUUUUAAGUCUAGACAAUUUAGCGAUUUAUAUAUUGUGAAUCAUCGUUAAAAAAAAUAUAUUUUUUACUUGAA